AACUUGGAUAGAAUCGGUAGUACUUUCGUACCCAAUGAUUCGAAUUUCCUAAACAAUGUCAGAGAAGGAUAAAAAGUUUGCGUAUCUUCCAGCCAACAAGCAACAAGUGAAAUAUUUCGAUCCACCAACUGCUAGACCUUAUAUUGAAGGAUUUACUAGUGUAUCUGAAACUACUAAGCAAACGUUUACUGAAAAACUCUCGGCAUAUGCAAAGAAAAAUCCUUUUGUAAUAGGAGGUUUUGGCAUUUGUUUUUAUGCUUUCAUAAAUGGAGUCCGGGCAAUCAAGAAAGGUAACCAGGCUCUUUCUCAGAGAAUGAUGAAUUUAAGAGCAGCAUCAGGAGUUUUCAUCAUCGUUUCACUUUGUGUAGGAAAUUAUUAUCAUGAGGGAAAUUUGUUUCCCACUUCUAAAAUUGAGGAGGAGGCUGAGAAACAGAGGAGGCGAGCUAAUGUAUAUUAUAUGGCCAUGCAACGUAAAGAGGAGGCCGAGAAGAGAGAGGAAGCGCAGGUCAAUAAAUAGCGAAUUCCAUAACCAAACUUCUCUGUAGACUGGAGAAAGACUGUUGUUAAGUUUUGUGUACUGAUUAUUGAAACAUGUACAAUAUAUGCAUCAUGAUGAAAGUGAACUUUUCAUCAUGUAGUACUUUUUGUCUAAAUCUCUAUAAUAAAGGUGAAUAAAUAUCAAGGUUUC